UCUCUGGCAAAUUCCCGAUUUCUCAAAAUCAGCGCUGUUCUUGUUACGGCGAUAGACAGUGUAAUACACUACAAUUCCCAGAGUCCCCUUCAAACCGCGUGUCUCAGUUUUAGGUUCAAUUCGCAGCGUGAUCAGAUUUACUUUUUGAAGUGAACGAAACAUAAGCAGUGGGGUUUCAGACUCUUGUAUAUGUUAUUAGUAAAUCUUAAAUGCGCUUUUAUUUUGAUGUUCUUUACAGGCGGAAACAAAAAUUAAGCGGCCCUCUUGUAUUUUCAUCCUUGUUUCUUUCUGGGUGGAGUCUUUUCAGUGAAACACAGUUUGUCCGUUUGGUUAAUGUAAAGUGAGGGACAUUUAAAAAAUAAAGUUAACGAUGAGUGUGAGUUGCAAAGCCGACGGUGUUAGUUCCCCCGACCCCGACAUCGUCUAUGUUUACUGCCCGGAGUACAUCGACACAUGUGACUCGCUGUCUAAGGUGCCUAAAAGGGCAAGUAUGGUACACUCAUUGAUUGAAGCUUAUGGACUACUUAAAUGUAUGAGAGUAGUGAAGCCUCGGAUAGCAACAGUGGAAGAAAUGGCAGCAUUUCAUACCGAUUCCUACCUGGAGCAUCUGCACAAAGUCAAUGAGAGAGGUGAUGAGGAUGAUCCAGAAUCAUUAGAGUAUGGACUGGGUUAUGACUGCCCUGCGACAGAAGGAAUUUUUGAUUAUGCUGCUGCUGUAGCAGGGGCCUCUCUGACGGCUGCCCAGCUUCUGACUGAAAAAAAAUGUAGAGUGGCCAUCAACUGGGCAGGAGGUUGGCAUCAUGCGAAAAAAGAUGAAGCUUCUGGGUUUUGCUAUGUCAAUGAUGCUGUCCUUGGAAUAUUGAGAUUGCGGCAAACAUAUGAGAGAGUGUUGUACAUAGACAUGGACCUACAUCAUGGUGAUGGUGUGGAAGAUGCCUUUAGCUUUACUUCUAAAGUGAUGACAGUUUCUCUUCACAAGUUUUCGCCAGGAUUUUUUCCAGGGACUGGGGAUGUUUCUGAUGCUGGACUUGGAAAGGGAAGAUGGUAUUCGGUGAAUGUUCCUUUGCAAGAUGGAAUUCAGGACGACAAUUAUUACCACAUUUUCCAAAGUGUCCUGCAGGAGGUUCAUGCUGCUUUUAACCCUGAAGCAUUAGUAUUACAGCUAGGUGCAGAUACCAUCGCUGGAGAUCCAAUGUGCUGUUUUAAUAUGACACCAGUGGGAGUUGGAAAAUGCCUCCAGUAUAUUCUACAGUGGAACCUUCCGACUCUUUUACUUGGAGGAGGAGGCUAUCACCUUGCCAAUACAGCCCGAUGUUGGAGUUAUCUGACUGGCAUUGUCACUGGCCAAACACUAUCCUCAGAGAUUCCAGAUCAUGAGUUUUUCACAGAAUAUGGCCCUGAUUAUGUUCUGGAAAUCACCCCAAGCUGUCGACCAGAUCGUAACGAGCCUCAGCAAAUACAGCAGGUUAUUAACAUUAUUAAACGUAACUUAAAAAAUGUGGUUUAAGAAGUAUGCUGGAGUCCAGUUGUCAGAACAGAAUAUCCAAGAAAAUUCCUGAACACGGAUUUUAAAGACUUUUUACAGCAGGAUAAUAAAAUUUUACUUGACAAUAUCAGAGGACCUUUUAAUGGGACAAACGUCUGAGACUAUCAGUUUUUUGGUUUUUUUAACUCGUUUUGUUUUGGACUUUUUAAACUUUUUUAAACAAUAACUGAAUGGUUUAAAUUCAGUGUUUUCAAGUAUCUGUUUAUGUCUGAAAUUAAUUGUAUUGAUUCAGUUUUUUUAUUUUGUGGAAUCAUUAAAUGUGAACAUGAAUUUGAAUAUUCCACAUUUUUAAUAAAUAUGUUUAACUCU